UCGGCGGACCUGGAGGAAAGCAGCGCCUACGGAUGUGCAGCUCGGGAGGGACGGAAUGGGGAACGCGGACGUCUGAGGAGACCACCCCCACCCCCAAUGUGAGGAAGCCCCUCUUGAGCACGAGCUCCGGGUUCGGUGUGGAUGUUCGGUCACCUGGAGGCACCGCUGCUCAUUCGCACCCUCGACCACAUCUGGUGUCCAUCCAUGGCCAACAACGAGUCCGCCGUGGGCCGGCUGGACAGCGCCGAGGAUCGCAGCCCCUCCCUUGACCUGUCGCUGUCCCUGUCCCUGUCCCUGUCCCUGUCGGCCCUCGAGGAGCCGCCACCGCCGCCGCUCAACCCCUGGGACGUGGUGCUGUGCGUGUCCGGCGCGCUCAUCUCGUGCGAGAACGCCAUCGUGGUGGCGGUCAUCCUUUACACGCCGGCGCUGCGCUCGCCCAUGUUCCUGCUCAUCGGCAGCCUGGCCGUGGCGGACCUGCUCGCCGGCCUCGGCCUCAUCCUGCACUUCCUGUUCCGCUACUGCGUGCCGUCGGACAGCGUGCAGCUGGCCACCGCGGGGCUGCUGGUCGCCUCGUUCAGCGCGUCCGUCUGCAGCCUGCUGGCCAUCACCGUGGACCGCUACCUGUCGCUGCGGCACGCGCUCACCUACUGCUCGGCGCGCGCCGUCACGCGCGCCCACCUCAUGCUGCUGCUCACGUGGGCGGCGGCGGCGCUCCUGGGCCUGCUGCCCGCCAUGGGCUGGAACUGCCUGCGCGACGCCGCCGGCUGCAGCGUGGUGAGGCCCCUGGCGCGGGCGCACCUGGCGCUCGUCUCGGGCGCCUUCCUCCUCGUGUUCGCGCUCAUGCUGCAGCUGUACGCGCGCAUCUGCCGCGUCGUGUGCCGGCACGCGCACCAGAUCGCGCUGCAGCGCCACUUCCUGCCCUCGUCUCAUUACGUGACGACGCGCCGGGGCAUCUCCACGCUGGCGCUCAUCCUGGGCGCCUUCGCCAGCUGCUGGCUGCCCUUCGCCAUCUACGGGCUGCUGGGCGACGCCUCGUACCCGCCGCUCUACACGUACGCCACGCUGCUGCCCGCCACCUACAACUCGCUGCUGAACCCGCUCAUCUACGCCUUCCGCAACCACGAGAUCCAGAAGGUGCUGCUUGCGGCCUGCUGCGGGAGCCUGGCUCCGGGCCUCUCGAGCCGCGCGCGCACCCCGAGCGACGUGUAGCGAGCGGCGAGCCCGUGCCGAGCGCUGCAGCAGCAGGGCUCUCGAGCGAAUCGUUGAGUAACUCUCGUCUGGCCUGGGCUCCGACUUAACACGUGUAUCGAACGUAUUUCGUCCUGCGCUGCCAGGACACCCGACGCGACGGCGCUGCUCUCGCUCUCCCGCGACCCGGGCCGAACCGGCUGGAGGAGCUGCCACGCGCCAAGAUCAGAGGAGAGACCGCGACAGUGCCCAGCAGUGUGUCGCUCACUGUGUGUGUGUGUGUGUGUGUGUGUGUGUGUGUAACGAGCUGUGAAUCCGUUACACGCGUGUGUCUCGUGUGUGUGACGGCAAACCGGUGUUCAGAGAGAGGAUUCAAACAAACAAACAAACUGGAAACAUGGUAUCGCUUCAAGAAACCCCGUACUUGGAAGACAGCCCGAAAAUGCACUACUUCCGAUGACACUGUAGCGCCCCCUUCCGUCCAGUAUAUUGAACACCACUAAUAAAACUGCACUUUCCGUUGGGAAAAAUAUGUUUUCACUAAAAGGGGGGGCAGAUUGCUGUCUUUUUUAUUCGUGCCUCAUUCAGAAAAUAAAACCCUGAUAUUCAGCGGUUAUUAACUAUAUAAAACCAUUUGCACUAUAUUUUGAGGUAAAUAUCAUAUGGUCUGAAUAUUUAAGUCAACAUGGGAAAAAAGGAGAAUCAGUGGCCAAACAUGUAAACGUCUGUGAAGUGUGUUAUAUUUAGAAAGCACUUAUUUUUAUUGAAGACGGGUCCAAAGCGAAAUAUCUUUGAAGAUGAUGUUGCACAAUGUAAUAAA